AUGUUUCAAAAUAUAGAAAGUGAAAAAUUAAUAAAAUAUUAAUAAUUUGAGGACAAUAAAAUGUUUUAAAAAGCGUAAUCAAACUAAAAGAUCUUUAACAACAAAUAUUAAAUAAUCAAAAAGCUAUCCUCAGGUUCCUUUGGAGUAGUUUUUUUAGGAUUUGAUCUUCUUGAUAAAUAAGAGGUAGCAAUUAAGGUUGAAAAAGAAGAAAAUGAAGAAGUGAGAUCAUUAGAGAGGGAAGUUGAGAUUCUGAAGAAAUUAGAUGGAGCUGAAGGGUUCCCAAAAUAUUUAUGGUCCGGUGAAGAUCAAAAAUAUAAAGUUCUCGUUAUUUAAUUAUUGGGCAAGGAUUUGUCCUAUUAUUUUAAGUAAUUAAAAAAAUUCUCUCUCAAAACUGUCCUUACUUUGGGGAUUCUAGCAAUUUAAAUUUUAGAGAGAUUUCAUUAAAAAGGUGUAGUUCAUAGGGAUCUGAAACCAGAAAAUAUCUUAUUAGGAAUGGGUAAAGAGAAUUUGAAACUAUUUUUAAUUGAUUUUGGAAUCAGCAAAAUUUACAGAGAUUCAAAUGGAAGGCAUAUGUAUAAAGAAAUCAUAUUUAAUAUCUAAUUUUAGAUCAUUCAAAGAUAAAAAAUCAUUCUUAAGUACAACUCGAUAUGCCUCGAUAGCAGCUCAUAUGGGACAUGAAUUAGGGCGUAAAGAUGAUUUGGAAUCUUUGAUGUAUGUCCUUUUGUAAUUUUUGCGUGGGUAAUUAAAAAUUUAGUAAAUAAGAUAGUUACCUUGGUAAAAUAUGAUUGAAUAUACAGAUGAAGAACGAACAAAGAAAGUCGGAGAAAUGAAAUUGUCUAUGGAAAAUGUAGUAUUUAAAGAUUAAAGUGUAGAAUUUUAACACAUUUUUGAGUAUUAAUUAAAUUUCUAAUUUAAGUUACAUAAGAAGACUAUAAUUUAAAUAAGAGCCAAAUUACAAAAUAAUAGUCUAAGAAUUUAGAAGGGCAGCUAGAUCUUCAAAUAUUACACUUGAUGGUAAUUUUGAUUGGGCAGAGAUAAAAUAAUUGACUCGUUAUUAGACAGAUUCUAAUUAAAAUAACAGCAGAAACAGACUACCAGAAAUGAAAAAAUCUUUAGAGAAUCAACUUUCAGUUCCUAUUUAACCCUAGUACAUAUAAUGAUUUCAUAUGAGUUCUAAUAAUUUGUUGCCACCUCCUCCUUUAGGUUCUACUAUAGGGACCUUCCAAAAGGAAGAUAUCCGAAGAAAUUCCAAUAUGAGUCAACAAAGUAGCUAAAAUUAUUGCAAAUCUCUCAAUCCAAAAUACAAAAAAUCAAUAUGUGAAGAACCUUUUUAAGAAGAAGAUCAAUAAUAUAAUUUAGAAAGUGUUGAUGUCUGUGAAAAUUAUGAGACAGACUCUUGCUUGUAUAACAAAUAUAAUAAAAUUAAGUUGGGAAUAUUUGUGUAAAAUUAUUAUUAAUUAAAUUAGACAUUUUCCCCCAAAAUGA